AUGCCGUUGUUUGCAGGUUUGGACGUUGACGAUGAGGAAAUUAUUCCUGAUAUUCUGGACCAGAAACCCAAAGUUGAAGACCAUCUGGGUUCAACAAUUAUAGUGGAUGGAUGUCCUGUUGUUGGCCCAGCUAAAUUCGAGCUCCUUAAAAAGUUUUUGCUAGAUAAAUUUUCGAAAAUCGGCCCGAUAGUAGAUCAUGAGUUCCCUUUGGAUAAUGAAAAACAAACAAAAGGAUAUAUUUUCAUUACCUACGAGAACGGAAAGGCAGCAUCACAAGCUGUCCGAACCAUGAAUAAUGUUCCUCUGGACAAGAAUCACACUUUCCAGGUUACUCUAUUGUCAGAUUUCGAACGAGUAACAAAUGUUCCGACUGAAUGGGUACCUCCACCCAAACAAGAAUAUAAGGAUUUAGGUAAUUUAAAGAGCUGGUUGUUGAAUGAGUUUUGUCGGGACCAGUUUGCGGUUGUCUACAAUGAUGGUGGAACUGGAUCCGUUUAUUGGCAUACUGCUGUCGAACCAGUUGUGGCUGAAGAACGGGAUCAUUGGACUGAUGGGUGGAUGCGAUGGUCACCCAGAGGGACUUAUUUGGCAACAAUGCAUUCUUUGGGUAUUAUUUUAUGGGGCGGUGAGAAGUUCCAAAGAAUCGGUCGUUUUCCCCAUUCAGGUGUCAAAACAAUAGAAUUUUCACCCAUGGAACAAUUUAUGAUAACUUUGAGUCCAAGCCCCAACUUUCCCACCGAUGAACGUGCAGACGCAAUCGUGUGGGAUGUGAAGCGCUGUGUUAGUCGUCGAGAGUUCUCCGUUCCAAUCGAUUUCCAUCUGGCCUUCAAAUGGUCUCCAAAGGAUGAAUAUUUUGCUUGCUUGCGAGACGGUGUCAUUAGUAUUUACUGUGCUAGCAAUUUUAGACUUUUGGAUAAAAAGAAAAUUGGGGGCAAUAUUCGUGAUUUUUCUUGGUCACCUUCUGAUAAUAUUUUAGCGUACUGGGUACCUGAAUCUGAUAAUACUCCAGCCAGAGUUGUUCUUUUGGAAGUACCAAGUCGUCAGGAACUAUGCACAAAGAAUUUAUUUUCCGUAGCUGAAAUCAGUCUUCUAUGGCAUGAACAAGGUGACUUCUUAGCUGUUCAAGUAUUAAGGUGUGCAAAAAAGAAGUUGGACGGUGAAAAGCAAGUGAAAUAUGUGGGUACCUACACCAAUUUUGAAAUUGUUCGUUUAAGAGAAAAAUUAUAUCCUGUUGAUCAGCUGGAAGUUAAAGGCACUGUAUCGAAUUUUCAAUGGGAACCUUGUGGUACACGUUUCGCUUUCUUACAAUCUGUAACAAGUGGAAAAUUGUCAAUCGCUAUUUAUGAUGUAUCUCGUGGAACUAAUGUUCGCGAAGUUACUGUUCUUGAUCUUGCUUCACCUCGAACCAAUGAUCUUCGUUGGUCAUCUAAGGGUGGGAUUAUUGUAGCAGCAGGUUUAAGAAGUGCUGAUGGUAUACUGGAAUUCAUUUCAGCAAAUGAGGGUCAGAUUUUAGCUAAGGGAGAACAUCCAACUGUUAGUGAUAUACAAUGGGAUCCUACAGGAAGGUAUAUAGCGACAACAGUAAGUAGUUUCUAUCAGAAGAAUGAUAAUGCAAUAUGGUUUUGGAAUUGUGUGGGUCGUUGCUUGUAUAAAAUGAACUUGCGUGGAAUUCGCACUUUCAUCUGGAGACCACGACCACCUACGCUACUCAGCGCUGAACAGCUGCAGGCUAUUAAAAAGAAUAUGGCAAAAUAUAAUUCACAAUUAGCCAACGAAGAUCGUAUGCUUGCUUCAAAGGCUAGCAGAGAAUUGCUUGAGAAACGACAAAAAUUAUUAACUGAAUUCAAUAUUUGGAAAAAUGCUAUCAUUAAAUUAUAUAAUAAAGAUGAAGAGGAACGUUUUAGAUUAAGAGGUUCUGGCGCUGAUACAUCAUCUCGUGAACCGCAAACAGAAGAAGAAUUGGAAAUUUUAAUCAGUGCUGUACAUGAAACAAUUCGUAAAAAUACAGAUGAAUAA